AUGGUUGGUACCAACGCUUCCUUUAUUCCUAAAGCUCUUUUUCUUUGUCUAUCUUGCAGCAGAUACAGCAUCGUGUCUACUGAUGAGGAAGGACUUCACCUCCCCUCUCUCGGUCUUAACGGUCACUGGGCCUCUUCCCUCCUCCAUCCUCACUCUCGACGGAAACGUCGCAACCGCUUUGUUAAAAAGAAUGGCCAGUGCAAUGUCUACUUUGCCAACCUCAGCAACAAAUCUCAGCGUUACAUGGCAGACAUUUUUACCACGUGUGUGGACACUCGCUGGCGUUACGUGCUGCUAAUAUUCUCUGCCGCAUUCCUAGCCUCUUGGCUUUUCUUUGCCUUUCUAUUCUGGUGCAUUGCCUUUUUCCAUGGGGAUUUGGGUAUUGGAGGUAACGUGUUUGUUUCAGCAAAAUCAGGGCCCCCCAAACCAUGCCUGAUGCAUGUCAACAGCUUUGUGGAAGCCUUUCUCUUCUCUGUAGAGACACAGACUACUAUAGGAUACGGCUUCCGCUGUGUGACUGAUGAGUGCCCAUUAGCCAUACUUUCUGUGGUAGCGCAGUCCAUCCUGGGCUGCCUCAUUGACUCUUUUAUGAUCGGGACUAUAAUGGCAAAAAUGGCUAGGCCCAAAAAGCGAGCUCAGACUCUUCUUUUCAGUCAUCAUGCCGUCAUAGCCCUCAGAGAUGGAAAACUCUGCCUUAUGUGGAGAGUGGGCAACCUACGGAAAAGUCACAUUGUGGAGGCUCAUGUGCGGGCACAACUGAUAAAACCCUAUGUGACUCAAGAGGGGGAGUACCUGCCUGUGGAUCAGCGGGAUCUGAAUGUGGGAUAUGAUAGUGGGCUGGACCGUAUAUUCUUAGUGUCCCCUAUUAUCAUUGUGCAUGAGAUUGAUGAGGAAAGUCCCUUGUACUCUAUGGGAAAAGAACAGCUGGAAGGUGAGGAUUUUGAGAUUGUAGUCAUCUUGGAAGGCAUGGUCGAAGCCACAGCCAUGACCACACAAGCACGAAGCUCCUACUUAGCCAGUGAAAUCCGCUGGGGACAUCGUUUUGAACCUGUCGUAUUUGAGGAGAAAAACCACUACAAGGUGGACUACUCUCACUUCCACAAGACCUAUCAGGUGCCGAAUACCCCAGUAUGUAGUGCCCGUGAGCUGCGUGAGAGCCGCAUUACUGCCCUGCCUUCCCCUAGCGCCUUCUGCUAUGAGAACGAACUAGCGCUUCUUAGUCAGGAGGAAGAUGAGGACGAAGAAGCAGCAGGUGGUUUGCCAGAUGAAGGUGUCAUCCACGUUAUGGGGAGCCACUUAGAGCUAGAUCGUCUACAGGCCUCCAUGGCACUAGAUAAUAUUUCUUAUCGCAGAGAGUCAGCUAUAUGACACUAAUGGUUAGAUUUCCCUACCAGCCUGAAGUCAGUAGGGGGGUACUGUAACCAGUGUCGUUCUACAGACCCUGUCAUCACAAACAUGACAAUCAGUUGACCUAGCAGAAGACCUCUUUCAACAAAGUGCUUUAAAUACUUACAAGAUGAUAAGAAAUAUUGUUUGUCUGUAGCACAUACCGGACUGUGUGAUGCUGAUGAGGCAUUGUUGCAGAGCAGCACCAAUCUGUGUACAUAAAUAUUUUGUACAGAAUGAAGAAAGAAAUAAAUUGAAUCUGUGCUCUUCCAAACCUGA